UUCGCUCUCGAGGUCUCCCAAGCUCGUGUCCUUUUACAUGGGUUGGGAGACGAUGAAGCACGAGGUGAAGAAGAUUUCUCUGCUGUUUUAUGCAACCGCAGUAGUGACUAUCAUUGUUCAUGUGAUUGCGCAUUGUUCCUUUGGCAUUAUGGGAGGGCGGCUCACUCUUCGGGUCAGGGAAAGGAUGUUUGCAGCCAUUUUGAGGAACGAGAUCUGUUGGUUCGAUGAUGUGAACAACACGAGUGCUAUGCUUUCAUCAUAGCUAGAGACA